GAGAUAGUUUGUCUGUUCUCUCCUGGACUCUUUCUACUGAAGCAGGAGGUUUUAUUUUUUUUUAUGUUUUAUUUUAUUUUCUUCCUCUGAGGUGUUUGAAAAUGAAUCCUCCGUGUGGAAGAUGCAACAAACCAGUUUAUCCAACAGAGAAGGUCAACUGCCUCGAUAAGUAUUGGCACAAAGGUUGUUUCAGCUGUGAGGUUUGUAAAAUGGCUCUGAGUAUGAACAACUACAAAGGCUUCGACAAGAAACCCUACUGCAGCAUGCAUUACCCUAAAACCUCGUUCACCAUCGUCACCGACACUCCAGAGAACCUCCGUCUGAAACAACAGACGUUGCUCAACAGCCAGGCGCUCUACAAGGAGGACUUUGAGAAGAACAAGGGGAAAGGCUUCAGCGUUGUGACCGACACUCCGGAGAUGCAGAGACUGAAGAAGACGCAAGACCAGAUCAGCAACAUAAAAUACCACGAAGAGUUUGAGAAGAGUAAGAUCCGCAGCGACGCACCUCCACCUGAGAACAGACAAGACUAUGAGGACCAACCAUCCAACCCAGGGAGAUUCAGUCAACCCGCAGUCCAGAUGCGUCCUGCUGCUGUAGCUCCACCUGGUGGAGGGAAGCGCUACCAGGCCUUGUACAGCUACAUGGCAGCAGAAGCAGAUGAAGUUUCUCUGCAGGAAGGCGACCUGAUCCUGGACGUGGAGCCCAUCGAUGAAGGCUGGGUGUUUGGAUGCAACCAGAGAACGGGACAGCGAGGGAUGCUGCCGGCCAACUACGUCCGACCGGUCUGAGGAGAACUCCUGCAGUCAGGCUUCUAUUGGAAAUCAACUUUUACUAAUGAAACAUACCGUUUAAAAGCCUGGGUCUGCUUUGCUUUUGUCAGAAAUGUGAUUGAUAAUUCAAGAGGUACUACUCAUGGGUUGUUAAAUGAGUUCAGGGGAAAAUAAUGAUCCUAAAAAACAGUGAAAUGGAAGCAGACUGUGGAAUAAACGCUGACAUUACAUCAAACUCUU